ACCGCUUAUAUUGACAGUGACAUAAGCCGCAGUGCUUAAUUGCUUGGUGGUCUACCAGUUUCAUCCGUUGUCUAAAAUAGUGUAAGCACAACAUUAGCCCUCAGUGUGCAACUGGUGUUGUUAUUAUUGUAAACGCCAUUACUUGGUUUGUCGCUCAUUUAACAAAGCUAGUUUCGACAAAGAGAAUGCAAAAGAAUAUAGAUGAAGUUUUUGAAUUAUACAGCAGGUUCGGUGCGGCAAAAUAUGACGGAGAGGAAGUGACGCAAUUAGAACACGCGCUUCAGUGCGCACAGCAAGCUGAAAACGCGGGAAGCAGUGUUUCCACAAUACUGGGCGCCUUCUUCCACGAUGUUGGGCAUUUAUUAGAAGGCUGUGAAGGAAUGGAAAGUGUGAUUGGACAUUUGGGAAGUAAACGUCACGACAAGAUUGGAGCAAAGUAUUUAUCAAAGAUGGGGUUUCCCCCUGACGUCACCGACUUUGCCGAUGGUCACGUGGAUGCAAAGCGCUACCUAGUGUUCAAAAAGCCUGGCUACCACGAACAUUUGUCCGACUGUAGCAAGCGAACCCUUAUUCAGCAAGGUGGCGCCAUGAAGUCAAAGGAAGCUGAGGAGUUUGAAAAAAUGUCAAAAUUUCACGAAAUUCUUCAAAUGAGACAUUGGGACGAAGAAGCGAAAGUUAUUGACAAAGUUACUCAAAGUAUAAACUAUUACAAAGAAAUGUGCAUCGAAUAUUUGAAGUAAAUUUACGUUCAGAUUAUAAAUUCUCCAACGAACUGAAUCUGGACUUAAUGUGUUUUUACGAAAUUGGUAAAGCAUUGUUGUCAAUUUUAAAGUGAAUUGUUUUAUAAAAUCGCAAUUAAAAAUAGAGUUGUUUUUUAAA